UACGUUAAAUUAAAAUUGUUUUUUUUUUAUUGCAACAAAGCCCACAAAUAAAAGUUUCAAUAAUUUUAAUAAACACUUUGUAAAUUAUUCGACAUAGAUGACAGAUGACAGAUGUACAUGUUAUAUGAUUUCUAUUUUUUAAGCAAACAUCAUAGAAAUGUUAGGAAAAAUAGAAACAACAUUAUUUUAUUUUUUUGUUGUUGAAUUAUCAUGUGACUUCCUGGGCUCAAAGGUCGCUAUUGUUGUUUCGCUGCAAAGUUGUUGCGUAAAGUUUUGUAUUGUACAUUGUGUGUUAAAGUUUAAAAUGGAAGUUACUGGAAAAAUCACCAAGAUUGACGUUUGUGACGUCAGGUUCCCUACGUCACUGGAGCAUCAUGGAUCCGACGCCAUGCAUGGCGAGGUCGAUUAUUCAGCUGCUUACGUCACCAUGGCAACAGAUGCUGAUGACGUCAUCGGGUGUGGGUUGACGUUCAGUCUUGGACGAGGAAACGAUAUACUGGUGAAGGCGAUUGAGGUUAUUAGAGGUCACGUGAUUGGAAGACAAUUGUCGGACAUUUAUUCAAAUUUUGGGAAAUUUUGUCGCGAAAUCACCCAGGAGGGCCAGCUUAGAUGGCUUGGACCGGAGAAAGGCGUCAUACAUAUGGCAUCGGCAGCGAUAUUCAACGCACUUUGGGACUUGUGGGGGAAAAAGUGUGGCAAGCCAGUGUGGAAGUUACUUGCGGAGAUGUCACCACACGAGGUUGUGAGUCUGGUUGACUUCAGUUAUAUAACCGACGUUUUAACGAAAGACGAAGCUUUGAAGUUAUUGACGAGAAACAAAGGAACGCAGAAAGAAAGAGAGUUGAUAUUGAUGGAAAAGGGAUUCCCCGCUUACACAACUUCAACAGCGUGGUUGGGAUAUUCCGAUGAAACGCUUGUUAAGAAAUGUCGCGAAGCGUUGGUGGAAGGAUGGACAAAGUUUAAAAUGAAAGUUGGAUCGAAUGUUGACGACGAUAAACGACGAGCGAAACUAAUAAGAGAUGAGAUCGGAUACAAUUGUGAUUUGAUGAUGGACGCAAACCAAAAGUGGGACGUAAAGGAGGCCAUCGAGUGGAUGAAACAACUCGUUGAGUUUCGUCCGCUAUGGAUAGAAGAACCAACCUGCCCCGAUGAUGUCAUCGGUCAUGCUACGAUUGCUAAGGCAUUGUCCCCACACAAUGUUGGCGUGGCAACCGGCGAGCAGUGUCAGAAUCGCGUUGUGUUCAAACAGCUCCUCCAAGUGGACGGAUUGAAGUUUUUACAAAUUGACUCGUGUCGCGUUGGUUCGAUUAACGAGAAUAUUGCGAUAUUACUGAUGGCUGCUAAGUUUAAUGUCCCCGUUUGCCCACACGCUGGCGGAGUUGGUUUAUGCGAAUUGGUUCAGCACAUAAUUAUGUUCGAUUAUUUGUGCGUGUCGGCUACAAAUGAACAGAGAAUGUGCGAAUACGUGGACCAUCUUCACGAACACUUUAUCGAACCUGUCGUCAUCCAGAACACAUGUUACAUGCCGCCCAAGAAACCAGGAUACAGCAGCGAGAUGAAAAAAGAUUCCGUUGAAAAUUAUAAAUUUCCAGACGGAAAAAUCUGGAAGGAUCUGAUUGAGGGGGGGAAGUUUGUGCAAUAGUAGUUGUGAUGUCAUAAUCACAUCAUGUGUGAUGUCAUAAUCACAUAUUGUAGUGCAAUAUUCAUGUGUAUAUAGAUUGUUGAAUCAUAAUUUUAAAUAAACCAUUGUAUAGUA